CGCCGCCUGACUCGUGCUCGCGGGCAUUGCACUGCAUCCGCUACCGUCAGACCCUGCCAGAGACAGGAAUAGCAUCGACAGCGUCGCUCGUGUUAUAGGGGCUCUGCAUCUGGCCGCUCCAACAAGACAUUGUCCAACUAUCAAGGUAUUUCGUCUCUUUCACUUUAUAUAUCAGGAGAUAUCGUUGACAGAUUAGUAUAUGAUCCGGGAGCCUACGCCUCUCGACAGACUUCUACCCUGGGUAGUGGCCACAUCAUGGAUAUAACCACUAUACUAAACAAAAAGGCCUCCGUCUCCAUCGUCGCUGCAGACGUCCACCAGCUCCAGCAGCACCUCGCCCAGGCCCCAGUCACAGUCACAGUCGCAGUCACAGUCGCAGUCGCAGACAGACGAUGCCGUAAAGUCCAGGUCGCCCUCUGAGCUCGGCGCCUCAGAGCACCACCGUUCGGCCUCUGCGCCCCCCAGCGAACACCACCACCAUCACCACCACCACCAGCCGACCUCCAGCUUCCCCUCGUCCACCCAGUCGCUGCCGCAGAUGGCCCACCUCGCCCAGUACCACGUCCAGGCCCAGGCUAACCACGCCGGCACCUCCCAGGGCUACGCUCACAGCGCGCAUGGCUCAGACUACGGCAGGAGUACCACCAGCAUGAGACCGACUGGCCUGCCUGCCCUCAAGACCUUCCACUGCCAGACCUGCAGCAAGGGAUUCGCCAGGAGAAGCGACCUCGCCAGGCAUGAGCGCAUUCAUAGUGGGAUUCGACCGCACGCGUGUGACUGGCCCGGCUGCGGUAAACAGUUCAUCCAGCGCUCUGCCCUGACCGUCCACACCCGCGUCCACACCGGUGAAAAGCCGCACAUGUGUGAUCGCUGCGGCAAGCCCUUUAGCGAGUCCUCCUCGCUCGCCAGACACUGCAGAAUCCACUCCGGCAAGCGGCCAUACAAGUGUCCAUACGCCAACUGCCAAAAGACAUUCACCCGCCGCACCACCCUUACCCGCCACCAGAACCACCACACCGGCACCAUUGAAGAGGCCGCCGCUGAGACAGAAGCAAACCUCCGUCACAGCAAAGACCGCUCCACCACCAGCAGACCCUCAGACGGCUGGCGGCCCCUACUUUCCGCCGGUGGUGCUGCAGACUACUACACCUCUCUCCGCCCCAUCUCAGAACGGACCUUUGCAAAACUCCAGUCCCUCGCGCCUCGCCUACUUCCCCUUCGCCAACCCUCACCAGCCUCUCCCGGUCCCGCCUCCUUCCACCACCACCACAACCACAACAGACCGUCUCUCACCUCGCACCCGUCAGGCUACGCUCCCCCGCAGCCCCUCGAACCGCCUGCAAACAGCGAUCCCAGACCAAACAGCGUUGCCGGUAGCCCCCAUCUUUCUUCUGUCGGCUGGGCCUCCCCAACACUAAGCAGCAUGCCCUCGCCCAGCUCGGCCUCUGCCCCGGAAUAUCCUUACCCUGAGCCAUCAAACCACCAAUACCCAGGCAGCAUAACGCCGCACAUGUUCUUCCCGCGACGACCUCAAUCGUCCGAGCCAGAGAACUACGAGCUGAAACCGAAGCUCGAGCUCUAACACCCGCCCACCGCAACGACCUCAAACCAGUCGAAGCGAAUUCAACCAAACCCUUGCUUCCGUGACAGUAUUAUUAGCAGAUUUUUCUCUUAUUCUCUUAUUUCCUCAUCUUAAUUCCCUAUGUCAAUCCCCCGGCCUAUAGAGAUACCCUCUGCUCUUCGCUG